CACCACUAUAUUCUGUAGAAAAAUUCACUUUUAUUUAUAAUAGCUUAACAAUGUAUUGAACAUCGUUUUAUCACAAACAUUUAAUCUCAUCUUUUUGGAAAAGAAAAAAUUAAAUUGCUUAGUGCAUGGUAAAUUUGUUUAAUAAUUUGUUUAAUUCAAGAGUACUUACAGGCCGUGCAUAUAAUUCAAAAUUUACUACUCGAAAGAACAUAGUACUUUUUAGAGAACGUAAACCUGCUCCAGGUGCUGCUUUUUCUCCAUUUCCUGGUUGGCUUGUCAUUUUUGAAUAACACUGUAACUAGUAAGAGUUUUAUUCUUCAAUUAUAUUGACAAAUAUAUAUAUUGAUGUCAUCAAUAAACAAUGAGUUAAUUAUUAAUAAUCAAUGAAAUGUAAUCAUCUAUUGUCAUCACGCUUUCUUGUUACGAGGUCAUCGUUUGUUGGCAUUCUUAAUAUAAUAAAAGGUUUAUCUUUCUGAAAAUUAGAAAACUAUAGUGUCAUGAAUAAAUUAAUUUUUUCAUAUUAACAACAAUUAUGGAAAAUAAAAUAGAGCAAGCAUUCAAAUUAUUAUCUCAGGAAGCUAGAGAAUUGUAUCUAUCAGAGCAUGUAGCAGAAAUUGAUGGAUCAAAAGAUAGUAUCAAACCACUAGAAUUCUAUCGAAAUUAUGUGUCUCGCAAUAUUCCAGUUUUGAUAAAAAAAGGAAUAUUAAGUUGGCCAGCAAUAAAAAAAUGGAAUACCGAAUAUUUUCGAAAAGUUUUAUCAAGUAAAAUAGUCAAUGUAGCAGUGACUCCCAAUGGGUAUGCAGAUGCAAUAGCCUCUAAUCCUGAGGGAAAAGAAUAUUUUACAAUGCCAGAAGAGCGUGAAAUGAGAAUGACUUCAUUUUUAGAUAAACUGGAAAGCUCAAGAGAUUUAAAUGAAAUUUUUUAUAUUCAACAACAAAACUCAAAUUUUGAACAAUAUUUUUAUGAACUUUGGUCAGAUGUCGAUAAACUUCCUUGGGCAACGGAAGCAUUUGGAAAGGAUCCAGAUGCUGUUAACUUCUGGAUGGGAGAUGAACGUGCAAUCACAUCAAUGCAUAAAGAUCCAUAUGAAAACAUUUAUUGUGUAAUCUCUGGCAAAAAAUAUUUUACUUUACAUCCACCAACAGAUUUACCUUGGAUUCCUUACAAAAAAUAUCCACCAGCCAAUUAUAAAAAGUGCGGUGAUGACUGGAUUAUUGAACCAGUAAUUCACGAUAAAACAGUUGAUUUAUCGUCUAAUUCAACAGAUUAUACUACUGAAGAUUUAAUACCUUGGAUUUCUGUCGAUCCUUUAACUCCAAAUUACAAUAGAUAUCCACAAUAUAAAAAUGUGACACAAUUAAACGUAACAGUAGAAGCAGGUGAUAUUUUAUAUCUCCCAUCGUUAUGGUUUCAUCAUGUUAAACAAUCUCAUGCAUGCAUAGCAUUAAAUUUUUGGUACGAUAUGGAUUACGAUAUUAAGUAUGCUUAUUACAAAUCUAUUGAAAUUUUGUGCCAAUAA